CCGGCAGGGACGGAGCGAGAGUGGAGGAGACGUGAGCUGUCAGACCUGAAAUCCAGUGAUCAUACAAAUAUGAAGUCUUCAUCUACCUUGAACAUUUGGAUAUGGGUGUAACAUCACGCCUUUACCUGUCUGUGGGCUGGAGAAACUGGUUAAAGCAGAGAGAGAACUAGCUUAGUUUGUUGUCAUGUGGGGCUCCCGUGCCGUUUCCUGUCAGUUCAACUCGUGCUAACUCUGUAACUCCGACCGGUUUCAGCACCGCAGCUCAGACAGCCUACAGACCUACAACAGGAUGGAGUCCAUCAACAUCUCCAUGUCCAACUCUGCACCAGGGGCUGACCCCUCACCUGCCCCACAUCCUGCCAUGUCCAUCGAUAAGCUUUUCCCCGCUCUCCUUGAGUGUUUUGGGAUCAUACUGUGUGGAUAUGCAGCUGGUCGUGCCAAUAUCAUCACAUCCACACAAGCCAAAGGCCUGGGGAACUUCGUGUCGAGGUUUGCUCUGCCAGCGCUGCUAUUUAAGAACAUGGUGCUGCUGGACUUUGGAAAUGUUAUAUGGCCCUUUCUGUGGAGCAUUCUGGUGGCCAAACUGAGCGUGUUCUUCAUUGUGUGUGUACUGACAUUGCUGGUGACUAGCAAGGACACCAGAUUCUCCAAAGCAGGCCUUUUCUCCAUAUUUGCUACUCAGAGUAAUGACUUUGCUCUGGGAUACCCUAUAGUUGAGGCUCUGUACAGAAACACCCAUCCAGAGUACCUGCAGUACAUCUACUUGGUGGCUCCUGUCUCCCUCAUGGUGCUAAAUCCCAUUGGGUUUGCAUUCUGUGAGGUCCAGAAGCGCCGGGGUGAGCAUGUUCAGCAUCAGAGUAAGCUAUAUGUAGUUGGGGUGGUGCUGCUCCAGGUUCUCCGGAACCCCAUCGUCUUCAUGGUGGUGGUCGGGAUUGCAUCACACUUCCUACUGGGCCAGAAGAUCCCACCAUUCAUGGAGGAGUUUGUGGAUGGCUUGGCCAACUCGUUUGGAGGAGCGGCUCUGUUUUAUCUGGGUCUGACCAUGGUGGGUCAAUUGAGGAAGCUGACAAAGUCCACUGUGGUGGCUCUGAUACUGCUCAUCACUGCAAAACUGCUGAUGAUGCCACUGAUUUGUAGAGGCAUGGUGGAGGUUUUGGACAGUGGAAACAUUAGCUCUCUAAACCACAGCAGUCUGUCUAACUAUGCUUUCCUGUACGGAGUCUUUCCCACUGCACCCAGUGUGGCCAUAUAUGCUGCUCACUAUAACAUGGAGCUACAGGUGGUGACCUCAGGGAUGGUCAUCAGCACCUUUCUCUCUGCCCCCAUCAUGUAUGUCUCUGCCUGGCUGCUGACUAUUCCCUGGAUGGAUCCCAAACCGCUAGCAUCUGCGUUGCAGAAUAUUAGCUUUAACAUCAGCAUUGUCAGCCUAUUUGCGCUGGUGUGGUGUGUGGCUGUAAAAAUAAUGAGCAAGAAGUUCUGCAGACUUCCUCAUAUGUUUACAGUUAAUCUGUUUGUGGCACAGUUGGGGGUAUGUAUAGGUAUGAUCGCUUGGAACUUUGUAGUGGUUAAAGAUAACUUCAUUGGUCAGGUGUUUACCUUUACUCUGCUAUAUGGCUCACUCUACAGUACCUACAUAUGGCCAGGAUUGAUAGCCAUGUCUCUUUACCUGUUGAAGAGGAAUGAGCACUUAACGGUGCAGCCAGGUAUUAUAAUGAUCAUUGGCUGGGGAGUGCCAAUGUUUGCAAUAAGCAUUCUCCUAAUGGCGGGAGAGAAAAUGCAGGACACCAUUGACUCUGCCUUCUUUUUUGGUACAUCGCAGAUAUUUUGCACAUCAGUGGUGCUGUGUGUGGGUAUAGUUGUAGCAGGUUUGUCUCUAAUGCUGCUUAGCAGAGGCGCCCAGGAAUAUCACAUCCUUGAGCAGGAAACGGCAAAUAGCACUGCAGAAGACCUGAGAGCAGACAACAGUGUGCAGGCCGGGUGCACUAUUGAGCAGCCUUCCAUAGAGGACGACAUCAGGCCAGAGUGUCAGGGUUGUCAGUGCAGCAGUGCUUCUGUUCAGUCAAUGGAUAAUAUGAUUAUCAACAACAGUGUGAAGGACACUUCAUCUACUCAGAAAGGUCAGUGCGGGAGAUGCUGUGACUCCUCUCAUUGUUUGCUGGUGGAAGAGGAAGAGAAGUGGCAGAGUGCAGACAAACAGAUUGCCAGACAUGUUUUGCUUUGCCUAUUACUCACUGUCAGUCUUCUUGCUAAUCUCUCCAGCUGCCUCUGGUGGCUCCUUAGUUCAGUUCCAGGCAGGCUGUACUUGGAGCUACAGUUCUUCUGUGCUGUCCUUAACUUUGGACAGGGUUUCAUAUCUUUCGGGAUUUUUGGCCUUGACAAACAUUUAAUUAUUUUACCAUUUAAAAAGAGGUUAGCCAAUCUGAGACAGGCUUUUGGUCAAGAGGCAGCGAUCCAGUCAGACGUGUCUGAGGAGAUCAGACUGACCUGUAAUCAGUUCCUUAAAUAUCACAAAGAACAGUGUGUGCAAGACAUAGUCCAUAAGAAGAGGUGUGGGAAGCGAAGCAUAGCAGAGACCUUUCUGGGUAGUGAAAUGGUACAGUGGCUUCAGACUGUUGGACUUGCUAGUGACCAAGGGGAGGCACUAUUGUAUGGCUCACGGCUGCUGGAGGGUGGAGUCAUCCACCAUAUCACCCAUAACUAUGGUUUCCUGGACGACACCCUGCACUAUCGUUUCACAGAAAACAUGGCUAAUCACUAAAGCUAAAUGAAUAUAAAGGCUACAAAAGGCUAAUGUUGGUUCAAUUUCACCUUCAAAGUAAUGCACAGUGCGCUUCAUUUAACCUGUAGUGUGUUAUUUAUGGCUUGAGAGUAGUUUACACUGGGCUUACAUUGACCCUUUCCUAACCUAUUGGGUAUGGGACGGAAAAAGGGAUGGUAAGGUUAACACUGUGCUGCUUAUAGGACUAAGUGAUGGUUUGCAUGCUAAGUUGCAUGUAUGGCACCACUGUGCUCUGGGUAUUUUACAUGUAAAUACCACAUAUUGAAGCUAAAAGAGCUUCAAAUAUAGAAGAAUAUAUGGCCACUAAAAUACAAGCUAUGUUAAAAUAAUGCAAGUAGAAAUCUUGCAGCAACAGGCACUUCUUACAGCAUGUGCUGGAUACUCUCUAUAUAGAAUAUUGCAAACAGCUGAAGGUAAAACCUUUGGGAUCAAUGUUGGUCAUCAUACAAACAGUCUGGAAGUGUGAAACCUUUGUCUUUUACAGAAGUUUCACUUGGUUACUGUUACUUCAUAUUACAGUUGUAUGCAAACGUUUGUGUGCCCCUGGUCAAAUGACCUUUUUAUUGAAGUCAAAAUAAGUACAUAUUCUCCUCAAAGAGCACACUCCAACAUGUUUAAAGGCAAAAUUACUGUUUGCUGAAUAACAUAUGGCCAGUGCAAAGGUUAUGGCAUCUUAUAUUUUUUUUGCAACUCAGCAAAUAAUUUGCAGAAUAAUACCAUAUAGGUUUGUUCCCUGUAUUAUUAGUUUUUUUUUCUUCAAAUGUUCACUUAGAAAAUCUAUAAAACUUGUCAUUUGACCAAGUGUUCAAACUUUGUGUAUGAUUGUAUUAAUGAAAUUAAUAUUGCACUGAAAAGUCUUCCAUUAAUGUUGUUGGCCAUUAUAAAAUAAUUUCUCCAGAAAUUUUGUCACAUUGUGAAAGGUUCCUUUAUUUGCAACUCACACUCACACUCACACUCACACUCACACUCUAAGCCGCUUCUCCCUCAGGGUUCCGGAGCACGGAUACAAUUUUCUUUAACUGUAUCAGUGUUUAGUAUAGCCAGACUAGCUAGCAUGAAACAUUAAACAUGAAGUGCUUUUAAAACCAGAAACAAACAAAAUAUGCUUAUAUUGAAAGGCAAGUAAAACUAGAUAUUCUCUACUUUACUUUAUCCAGAACUCCAUGCCUACUGCUUUAACAUAAACAUUAUAACUUAUGACUCCAAUUUCAAAACUUUUCCCCAAUAUUUCUCUUACACCUCUGCUACACUGUAGGAUGGAGCCAUAAGAAAAUGAAUUAUUGAGGUUUUAAUGGUCAAUAUUGUUUCACCUUCUCAAAGCCAAAGCUGAGAGAGGAAGUGUGUUCUGUCACUUGAUUAACUCAGGCGGUAUGACACUAACACUGUGUAAUUCCAACUUAUUGUAUAAAACUUGUUUAGUUGCAGAGAGACUAUUUGUGUUACUUAUUUUAUCAGAGUAGUACAGUUCAUGCCAUUUUGACAUUACAUUUGCCACACAUUUGAUAUUUUCAUUAAUAAACUAUUUCUCCAA